AUGAGUGCUGGUUCGUUUUCAAUCUACGAUCUAAACCCAGAAAUCAAGAAGCUUCUUAAUGCCGACAAUUUCCUCAAUGGCCUAUCAGUGAAUGACUUUGUAGAGGAAAUAAGUAAAGACCAUAUUCUCAAAGGUGCUGAAGUAAACAAGAAGGCGUACCUUGACCCCAAACCAUACAUUCGAUCAUUCGAAAGCACAAUUAGAGAAUUGAAUCGCUUGAGUGCAGAUGCAAAUGAUCAAAGGAUAAGAGGAGAGAAGCAAGUUGACACGUAUGAAUUGAAGCAUUCCCAGAACGUACUCGAAUUGAGCAAUCUGAUUGAUAAAACCACUGACAAGUUUAACCAUUUGGACAUUAAAAUUUCUGAUGUGUCGAGAAAGAUCAACCCCUUGGGUGUUACUUUGAACAAGAUAUCCACUUCACGAGAUAAAUCAAGAGAGACAAUUUUCCUUAUCAGGGCAUAUCAUGGGUUCUACACAAAGGGGGAAUAUGCUCCAUUGGAGAAUUUGCGUUCUAGCUCUAAGCUAGAUGAUAAUAUAGAAUGCGCAAGGUAUAUCAAAAAGUUGAUCCAUUUGUCGAGGAGAAUCAGCGAUGAGUCUAUUUCAAGCACUUUGAAAUGCUUACAAAUGGUUGAGUCCUAUGGGGAGCGUAUGGAAGAGGAUUUAUUGAAAAAGUUUGAAAUAGCAUCUGAUGGAGAUGAGAUGUCAGGCGGAAACUUCGAUAUCAGGAUGAUGAAUAAUGUUUCUCGAAUAUUAUACGAGUACAACCAAGGCGUUACAUUGAUGAAUAGAUUUGUCGAUAAAAAUGAACUUUCAGUUGAAGCAAGCCAUGAUGAAGCAACCUUGAACGAAAAUGAAUGGGAGCAAUGGUCUGAUCCAAAUGCUACGAAUUACGACUUGACACCACAUUUAAAUGAGUUCCUUGAAAACAUCAAGUUUAACAUCAAGUCGAAAGCUAGAUUGAGCAAAAAGAUAUUCAAUAAUCCAGAGACGGUGAUUGUGUUAUUUAUUGAGAGGAUCUAUCAAACUGCCAUCAAAAGAAAGGUUACGUCGUUGUUGCAGUUGUCAUUACAACGAAGUUUAUUGGCUCAUGUCAGAAUCUUACAAGCAUUGUAUGGGAUCAUUGGGGAGUUCACCAACCAAAUUAAAGACUACAUGGUUACUGAAGAAUUUGAUACUGAUCAAAAAGUUCUGCAAACUUUAGAACAAUCGAAUGAUGAUUUAUUUGAGGAAUACAUUUCCGAUAAUUCAUAUCUUGCAAGGGAAAAGAGAAACUUGAAAGAGGUUGUAAAUUCCAUCUUGAACACACUCGAUCCUGAUACAUUCAAUGAACAAACAAGUGAUGAUUUUAGUGUAGCGAGAUCAGACACAUUAAAAUACAGUCAACAAUCUAGGACAUAUGACCAUACCAGAUUCUCAGCGGAAAGAAAAAAGUUGGCACAAUUCACUCAAUACGUUAAAGCCAAAAUUAACGAAAAGGCGAGGAGCGACCAAGGGGUGUCUAAACUAGAGCUCGAGGAAGAUGAUCUCAAAGCAAUUGACAGUGUUGAAACUCUUUUGAAAACCGCUGCUGAGUCGAUUGGAAGAGCAUUGGAAUUGGCACCAAAUGAAGCAGCUGAGCAUUCAUUGGAUGUUUUGGCCAUAUUGAUAGUCAACUUUGAAAAAUUGAUUGUUCGAGAAGAGCUUCAAUUGCAAAGCCUCAACUUCUUUUGGACACUUAACUCCAUACAGUUUAAAAAGGAAAUAUUGUUUUGUUUGACAGCAUGUGCAAAGAAGAUUAUCUUUCCUUGUGUCACUAAUGACCCUAUUGCUAAAGGGAAAGCGAGAUUUUUGAUCAAUGAGUUUGUAAAGGUGCAAGAGACAAGCAUCAACGAGUUACUCAACUCCAUCGUGGAUUACUCCUUGACCCAGAUUCGUGGCUUUCUCGGUAAACAAAAGAAGAAGGAUUUCCUUUGUGAUUCUAUCGAGGAUGACACAGAAGCUUGUGAAUUGAUUAGUGAGUUUUUAAAUGAAAUGUACGCCAAUAUAAGUGUUGCUUUGACUGGUGAUAACUUGCUAAAUACCUUACUCAUGAUUGGAAAUGAAUUUUUAAAGUUGCUACUUGAACAUUAUAAGAAGUUCUCAGUCAAUUCUAUUGGCGGUGUCGUAUUAACAAAAGAUGCAAUUCGGUAUCAGACAAUCAUAGAUGAAUGGGGUAUUCCAGAACUAUCUGAGAAAUUCCAAAUAUUAAAGGAAAUAGGAAACUUGUUUACAGUGCUGAGUGAAUUGGUCAAUUCAUUGGUGACAGAGGGUCAAUUAUCUCGCAUGAAACCGUACAAUGUCAGGCAGUAUAUCAGCAAAAGGGCAGACUUUAACCCAAGCUAUGCUGACAAGUUUUUCAAGUUUAGAUGA